UGUUAACUGACACAUUUUGUCUCUUUCUCUAAUCACAAAUCUGAUGUGGGCAUGGAUUGAUUCUUCCCAGAGAAACUGAAAAAUGUAAAAAGAGCGAAACUCCAACGCUUUAUUGAGAAAACUAUCAGCAAACUAAAAUUACAGCUGCAGAGAAAACAUGGCCAGGAAAGAGGUGGUGGCGGUCACUGCUGCGGUGGUUACUGCGGUUGCAGCGGCUGUAAUAAUUGGUCAAUGGGUGCGGAGGAAGGAGCGGCGGCGGAAACAAACACAGAUGAUUUUUAAAAAAUUCGCUAGAGAAUGCGCCACGCCGGUUUCGAAGCUAUGGGCGGUGGCGGACGCCUUGGUAGCCGACAUGACCGCCUUUCUCUCUGCCACUACAGCCGCCGGGAGUUGCGGCUCCCUCAACAUGCUCGUUUCAUUCGCCGGUGCUCUCCCUUCAGGGGAAGAGAAGGGGAUACGUUAUGGAGCUAACUUGCGAGGCAAGGAACUUCUACUGUUACGUGGAACUUUAGGAGGUAACGAAGAGCCUAUUUCCGAUGUACAUAAACAGGAGAUUUCAAUCCCUGCGGAUGUUUUAAACGGCUCUUUCAAGGAGCUGUGCGAUUACAUAUCCUUGGAGCUAGUUAAGUUCAUUGGGAUGAAUCCUGGAGAAGAAACAGAUGAAGUUAAGAAUCUAGGGUUUACGUUAACACGCUAUGUCGAACAGUUUGGGCCUAGUUCAAUCUCGGCGAUACAGAGGAAGGGCUUAGCAAAUGAUGAUGAUGACACGGUUUUGAAGGAGUUUUUGAAUGAUAUGAAUGAAUCAUUGGAGAGUCACGGACUGAAGAUUCGGAUGAACGUGGCGCUGGUGGAUGACACAAUUGGAGUGUUGGCUGGAGGAAGGUACUAUCAUAAGGACACUGUGGCUGCAGUCACUUUAGGUAUGGGAACUAACGCUGCUUACAUCGAACAAGCUCAGGAGGUUCUGAGAUGGAAACCCUCGAUACCAAACGAGCCACAAGAGAUUGUUAUUAGCACGGAGUGGGGAGAUUUCAGAUCAUGUCAUCUUCCUGUAACUGAAUAUGAUGCUGCUCUUGACGCAGAAAGCCUGAAUCCUAGAAGCUGUGUAUUUGAGAAGAUGGUGGCUGGAGGAUACUUAGGGGAGAUAGUGAGAAGAGUGUUGCUAAAAAUGACACAAGAAUCUGCUUUAUUUGGAGAUAUACUACCUCCAAAACUGACAACCCCUUACACUUUAAGUUCGCCAGAUAUGGCCGCGAUGCAUCAAGAUAUAUCAGAAGAUCGAGAGAUUGUAAACAAAAAGCUCAAGGAUGUUUUCGGGAUCAUGUAUUCAACUCUUGCGGCUAGAGAAGUGGUGGUUGAAGUGUGCGAUGUAGUGGCGGAAAGAGCGGCGCGUGUGGCAGGAGCAGGAAUAGUUGGGAUGGUAAAGAAGCUGGGAAGGUUAGAGAAAAAGAUGAGCAUUGUGAUAGUUGAAGGAGGGUUGUAUGAUCAUUACAGGGUCUUUAGAAACUAUCUUCAUAGCAGUGUUUGGGAAAUGCUCGGCGAUGAGUUAUCGGACCAUGUCGUCAUUGAGCAUUCUCACGGUGGAUCUGGUGCCGGAGCCCUUUUCUUUGCUGCUUGCGGCAACGUUAAAACCUAAGAGCUGAAACAAGAAGAUAACCAGAGCGAAUAUAAUUUUUGUUUUUGUUUCGUUUCCCAAAACCAUUAUUCUAUUUUGACGUUGUCUUGUAAAAUACUUUUUCCAACAUCUGUUACAUUUACUUGUUAGAGAAACUAAAUAAAAAUAGUCCUCAUGUAAGAGAGACUUGUUACAAA